CACACGAUCCCAACAAUAGGAGAAACUAGCACCACCCCAAUCCAACCGCAGUGAUACCCGCCCACAGCAGCAGGAAAAAAGGGAGCCACAGAGAUGCAGGCGUGCGUACUACCCCUUUUUCCCCCGCCUCCCUUCCUAGCUCUUCCAAUCACGUGGUGCGAGGAGGCGGGGGUCGGGUUGUCACGUGAGAGCAGGAGGCUGGGACUGGUGACCCAGGCUGGAGGGGAAGAUGGCGGCGCAGAGAGAGAUUCCGCUAUUGGUGGAGGUACGUCCCGCCGACUUCGAGGUGCUGGAGGAUGGCAAGAACGUCUUUGCUAGCCCCGUAUCCACCUUGGAGUCAAGUUCUUCAUCUCCAGAGCUAGCAAGUCUUCCUGCAGAAGACCUCAGCACAAACUCUAAUGGUCCAAAGCCAGCAGAAUUCAUGCCAGAUGAUGAUAGAGAAGAACUCUUUGCUGAAGCCACAGAAGAAGUUUCGUUGGACAGUCCAGUGAGGGAUCCAGUACUUUCACCAGAACCUAUUCCUGCAAGCACUCGUGUAACACCUAUUACAUUAGGAGCUCCCAGAAUGGAAUCGAAAAGUGUAACAGCUCCUGUGAUUUUUGAUAGAUCCAGAGAAGAGAUUGAAGAGGAAGCAAGUGGAGAUUUGCUUGAUAUAGAAAUCAGUGUAUCAGACCCAGAGAAAGUUGGGGAUGGCAUGAAUGCUUAUAUGGCAUACAGAGUAACAACAAAGACAUCCCUUUCCAUGUUUCACAAAAAUGAAUUAUCUGUUAAAAGAAGAUUCAGUGAUUUCCUUGGCUUGCACAGCAAAUUAGAAACAAAGUACAUGCAUAUUGGUUACAUUGUGCCUCCUGCUCCAGAAAAAAGUAUUGUAGGCAUGACCAAAGUUAAAGUAGGCAAGGAAGAUUCUUCAUCUGCUGAAUUCGUAGAAAAAAGAAGAGCAGCCUUAGAAAGGUAUCUACAAAGAACAGUAAAACAUCCUACCUUGUUGCAGGAUCCAGAUUUAAGGCAGUUCUUGGAAAGUUCUGAGCUGCCAAGAGCAGUUAACACCCAGGCUCUGAGUGGAGCAGGAAUAUUGAGGAUGGUAAACAAGGCUGCUGAUGCUGUCAACAAAAUGACAAUCAAGAUGAAUGAAUCAGAUGCAUGGUUUGAAGAAAAACAGCAGCAAUUUGAGAAUCUGGAUCAGCAACUUAGGAAACUUCAUGCCAGUGUUGAAGCAUUAGUCUGCCACAGGAAAGAGCUUUCAGCCAACACAGCUGCCUUUGCUAAAAGUGCUGCUAUGUUAGGUAAUUCUGAGGACCACACUGCUCUAUCUAGAGCUUUGUCUCAGCUUGCAGAGGUUGAGGAGAAGAUAGAUCAUUUGCAUCAAGAACAAGCUUUUUCUGAUUUUUAUGUGUUCUCAGAACUGCUUGGUGACUACAUUCGUCUUAUUGCUGCAGUAAAAGGUGUGUUUGAUCAUCGAAUGAAAUGCUGGCAGAAAUGGCAAGAUGCUCAGAUCAUUUUACAAAAAAAAUGUGAAGCUGAAGCAAAGCUCCAACUUGCCAACAGACUUGAUAAACUGCAACAAGCUAAAGAUGAUAUAAAAGAGGCCCUUGUUGACUGGGGAAAAAAGCGUCACACUUGUGACCACACUCUUGCUGGUUGGCUCUCUUGAUGUCAUCCAUUCACCAUGCAACAAGUGAGCUGGAACUCAUUGACAAAACUAAUUCCUGAGUGUUUGGAGUAGUAGGAAAUCCUCAAUAACCCUUUUUCAUUCUUAAUAUAAAAAGAAUUAAUGAUGUUGUUCCUGAAGGAUUUAUUUUUCCUGCUUUAUCAUGUGUUUAGAGAAGGUUGUUAGUAAACCCAGAGUUUGAAUAUGCUGGCAGAAGAUUAUUGCUUCCACUGAAAUAUAUUCAGAAUCACUGAAUUCUUUAAUAGUAGUCCUUUUGACAGAGAGAUCAAAAAGUGGAAGCUUAUGUAGCUUGAACUUCAUCUAUGACUCUGUUCCUUUGUGCAGAUAAAAUGUAAAAGAGUAGUCCUCAAAACAGCAUAUUAAACAAGGGGAAGAUUUUUUUCCUUGUCAGAAACUGUAAGAUGGCAAACUUAUCCAGUGAUAAUUCCUAUGAACCCUGGUGUUUAGAUAUGAUGAAACUGGGAUGUAAGUCCAUAGGCCUAUAGAGGCUUUUUCUGAAGUUUCGGGCAUGUCUUGGCUGUUGUAAUAGGAAGGCAUAAGUUAUUUCAAAGCAGUCUUAAUCUUUUUUCCUGGACUGAAUUUUAUAUUGUUUUAAUUAUUGGCUAAUUUUCCAGGCUGUGCACAUAUAUUAGUGUUUCCCUGAAGCACAUCUGGUUAUGACUUAUUGCAUAUCUCCAUAAGCGUACAUCUAAAAAGACAGUAAGGGAACUUUGAAUAAAUACAGACUAAAUCCAUAAAUAUCUCAAGAUAUUUAUUUGAAUAGAUGUUCAUUACAUAUCAUGACAGUAAGAUGACACUGCACCACAAAAUGCUCUUGGGAUUAAAUAGCACCACUAGAUUGCUAGCAAGAAUAUACUAUAUUAAUGUAUGUUGCUUCCUGGCUGCUUUUUUCUGAGGAAGAUAACUGUUACCAGAUCUAUUGGCUCCCAUAAUUCAGUUAUUAUGUUGGGAUUAACAGAUAUAGUUGCAUUUUAGAAUGUCUGUUAGCAUGCAUAUUCCUGAAGUGUCAGGAUGAUAGCUUUUUUCAUAAUAUACUUACACAGAUGGUUUAAAUUUAGCAAUAUAAUAGUUGCAUAAAAGCAGGUGCAAAGGAAAGUCUAGUAAUGAUAAGGUAACAUAGCUGGUGAUGCUUUCUUAAUUGUGUAGCUGGAUGUCUUUUGACAUAAAAUAAGGAUAAACAUGACCAAGUGUUUUGUAGUAUUGAUAUUAAUGUCUUGUUCCCAGUAUGACAAAACCCUUCAAGCACCUUUACUUCCUCUCAGUUUUUCUUCUGUUCUUACCUGCAUUUUUUUAUUUUCAUUAUUCUUCCUGCUGUCUUUUAAAACGGUCCCCACUGAGCAAGAGAGCUUGUGCUUUGGCUUGCCUAAAUAACAUACAUUCUGACCAAUAAACACAUCCUUGUUAGCUUGUCAUCUGCAGCAGAAAUAUGACAAAGAUAAGCAUUUACUUGACCAUAGGCAGAUAUGAAGAUUUAAUAAUCUCUUCUGUGAAUAGGAAAGUACAGGCAACUAUUUUUUAAGACUUUUUCACAUUUGAACAGGUAAGAAAACUUAAAGGUUUAAGUUCCUUUUAUAGCAAUGUUUGUAAAGGAAAUAACUAAUAAAGCUUUAGAGGUACUUUUCUUUGCUAAAAAUCUUUAAAUUUUUUGUUACUAAAUAUUCAUUAAUAACAAUGUAAAGAUAUUUUUAUAUGUGGUAUACAGAUAACAUUACCUUAGAUAUAUCAUUGUUUUAACUGACCUGAUUACAUCCUUCUCUAUAAAUUGUUGUUUUGAAAUUACUGAGACUUCCCUUUAUGUCAAAAAACAAAUAGGUGCUUUUCAACUCUUGAUGACUAUCACUAAUAUACAAAAAAAAGUUCAGAUACCAAUAGACUGAACAGAGAAUGCAGUUU